AUGGCGGGGACGAGGUAAGACAGAUACGAUUCUAGUGGGUUUGGAUGGAGUGGUUUUGCAAAUUGAAGGAUGCUGUUAUUGUUGUUUAAUCACUCUUAAAAGUAUUUGGAGAUUUAGUGGGGGCCAUUGGUGACUUCUAGAGAUGUAACACCUGGGCAAUGGAAUCAGGAGCCUGGGCCCUCACUUACUAUAUGCGGCUGGUCGGUGGAAAGUUGUUGAUGCAUGUGUUAUUAUGCGUAAUUCUGUUAUUCUUGAGUAUUAUAGUCCCGAAUCGUUAUGACAUAGUAGAUGUUGUUCAGGACUACCCUGUCUAUGUGCAUUUAAAACAGGAAAUAAUUAGAAUUGGUGGUUGAAACAUUUUGAAUUUCUGAAAAUAUUUGCAUUUUUUUGUCUCUUUCUUUUCUAAACUGAAGCUUAGUAUUUUCCUAACUUGUUAAACUCACUCACAAUCAACAGAUCUGUGAUAUCACUAAAACUGCAUCCAUUAUCCUUUCUGUCAAUUGACAUUUCUGCACUGUAAAUCUUUACCGCAUAAGCCUCAUAACAAUAUGACAAUCUUUAUUACUAUGGUCAUGUCUACGGCAUUGUUAAUGUUGUAAUCAACAAUGCAGAGAGAAGUUAGGGUCUAUGCAAACCAUCAGUAUACACAGCUGUUGAUUUCUUAAUCUGUUCACUUUUUUGGGUGUGGAGGUUGAGAUUUGCUUCCUGUUGGGAGACACAUUGUGCAACGUUUCUAAAAACCACACAAUUGGUUUAAAACCCAACAAUAAACUACUAUGUGACCUUGCUGGAUGAGCCUUGGUAUUUAGAUUGAACAUAGAUUUUUUUUCCGUUGGUAGACUGUUUAUUAUUUGCAAGAAUCCCAAACUUGAACAGACUGAGUUUUUCCUGCUCAUCGACAGACACAUUACAGCAAGAAGGAUUGAUGAGAGAACCAGUACAGGAAGUAAGGCUAACGUCCUCAAGCUUAGACUACACUUCUUGCAGUGUCUGCCCUUAAAUGUUCCUAAUUUCCUGGACAUUACUACUAAACCAAAUGAAUCAAUUAAUUCACCAACAGCAAAAACAGCACUUUAACUGCCUUCUGUGAAGUAUUUUACAUCCAUUGAUUUAUUUGAAAUCGUAUCAAUCGGAUAAUACUUAUUUUUGAACAAUAUUUUAAUCUGAACAUGUUUUCUCCUCCUUUUGACCAGAAUCACCAAUCUUCAGAGUGUAGGGAAACAGCAGCCUCUGAUUCUGCCCCACCAGGUGACCGGAGCGGCACCGGGUACGGUCCAGAUGCGCAUCAAGAGCUCUCAGAGCAGUGGGGAACGGCUGAGUCAAACCAAGUCCAUGGUCCUGCAGGACCCCGACCUGCCUCCCAAACCUGUAAGUAUAGGACACGUGCACAUAGAGAUAGACAUGCACACAUUCACACACACACACACACACACACACACACACACACACACACACACACACACACACACACUGCUCACUUAUUAUACCAUUUUAUAGCAUAUUUUGGAUUGAAUGUUGUUUGACAUUUGGUGAACUAUGUUUACAUAAAUUCCAAUAAUUAUGAUUAUAGUAUUUAUAAACCGUUGUCUCACAUUAGGUGAUUAUCAUUUGCUUAAUUGCGCUGAGCUCUGUUUAACUGAGCACUUCCCAGUGGGAAAAUCAGGGUAGAGAUAAAACAGAUGAUGCAAUUACAAAAUGAGCAAUCUGGUGCAGCAUAUUUGGAAUAAUGUAGUUACCAUGUUGACAAUGAACUGGACAUAACCCCAACCAUUUACUCUUUCCCAUAAGCAGGUGUGGGGCCGGUUGACACCUCUAUUUAGCAUAGUGGUUAUUGACCGUAUCAUAAUAAUAGUGGUUCAUGACCGUAUCAUAGUGGUUCAUGACCGUAUCACAGUGGUUCAUGACUGUAUCAUAGUGGUUCAGGGCCGUAUCAUAGUGGUUCAUUACUAUCUCAUAGUGGUUAAUGACCGUAUCAUAGUGGUUCAUUACUAUCUCAUAGUGGUUAAUGACCGUAUCAUAGUGGUUCAUGACCGUAUCAUAGUGGUUCAUGACCGUAUCAUAGUGGUUCAUGACCGUAUCAUAGUGGUUCAUGACCAUAUCAUAGUGGUUCAUGACUGUAUCAUAGUGGUUCAUGACCGUAUCAUAGCGGUUCAUGACUGUAUCAUAGUGGUUCAUGACCAUAUCAUAGUGGUUCAUGACUGUAUCAUAGUGGUUCAUGACCGUAUCAUAGUGGUUCAUGACUGUAUCAUAGUGGUUCAUGACCAUAUCAUAGUGGUUCAUGACUGUAUCAUAGUGGUUCAUGACCGUAUCAUAGUGGUUCAUGACCGUAUCAUAGCGGUUCAUCUGUCUAUGUAUUGGCUGGAAUAAUAUAGCUGCACAUUUAGUUUAAAACAGGCCAAUGUAACCUUCAGUCAGUCUCAGUUUCUAACAUGUAUUUUAAACCUUCAUAGAGUUUAUUAAUAAUUGACAGCAAACUGAAUUACUCAGAUGAUCACAGCCGUGAGGCCACGUCUUGAUGUUUUGUUGCGUUGCUUGUUUGGUAAUUAUGCAGAAGAUACUUGUUUGUGAGACGCCUCGUACUGCAAUAACACAGUUUGUCCAGAGGGCAGAGUAGAGGUACAAAAGCUACUGCAGAUAAUGAACCAGAUCCUACAGACUACAAACAUGGUCACUAACACCUCCCAACAAACACAGCUCAGAGCACAGAACGUUAUAGUGUUGAUCUAACAUUACAUCAGUGUUCCAGUGUUCCAGUGUAGAAUGUUAUUCUGAUUACAGCUGUACUAGUUUUCAUUACAUUCAUUACACAGAGGAUCACAUCUAGCAAACAUCAAAAUGAAUGCUGUUUGUUGCUAUCAUGUAUUAGUGUGUGUUUGUAGAGAGCAGAGUAAUUGUUUCUUGACCUCCUUCAAUUUAUUGCCAUAUGUGUUAAACCCAGCUGGAACGUGUCCUCCUCCACCCUCCUCCACUGUGAUUAAUGAGAGAUUAUAAACUAGGUGGUUCCCGCCCUGAAUGAUGAUUGGCUGACAGCCGUGGUGUAUCAGACCGUAUACCACGGGUAUGAUAAAACAUUUAUUUUUACUGCUCUAAUUACGUUGGUAACCAGUUUAUAUUAGCAAUAAGGCACCUCAGGGGUUUGUGGUAUAUGUCCCAAUAUAGCACGGCUAAGGGCUGUAACCAGGCACUCCGCGUUGCGUCGUGCUUAAAGAACAGCCCUUAGCCGUGGUAUAUUGACCAUAUACCACAACCCCUUGGGCCUUAUUGCUUAAAUAUAGCAGCCAAAAAUAGGCAGAACCAGUCGCAGUGAAUAAAGGACUCAUUAGGGGUUUGGAGUGUGGGAGCAGACCUAUCCUUAUUGGGAUUCCUAUUAGACAGUCAUUUGAACAGUAGAGGGCAGGGCAGCACCGUGCUGAGGGAUAAAACUCAAUACCAAACGGUACAUACUGUGUUUCUAUAGCAACCAGGGUGACUAUUACAGAACACUGGUUCAACUAUGUAUAAGCUCAACCUUUUCUGAGAUACCUUUGUUGUAACUACAACUUUUACUACUCUGCUAGUUUAAUCUCUCGUUAAUCAAUAACCGUGCUCUAUUCAUGUCCAUGUUGGUCUUUUGGAAUGAGUGUUUCCAUUGCUGUUAUCGUGAUAUGAAUUAUCAUGGUCUGAUUGUGAUUAGCACUGGGUUGUGUGAGUUGUUUAUCGGUUGUCGCAGUGUGAGGUCCCAUCUCAUUAACCACACACACUACUGUCAGAGACUCUGUAGGCAUUCAUGAUGUAGAUGUUAAACAUGUUAACACAUCGAUGAGACAUUCACACAUGUAACCAUACUCUGUUUGUAUUAUAUUGCAUAAUCUUAAUAGCUGUUAAAUACAAUUUGGAAUACAUGGACUCUUCACAAUACCUGUAUUAUUUUAAUUUCACCGAUUUAACUAGCUAAGACAAUGGGGCCGCAAUCAAGCAACAGUUGUGAUUUGAAACCGUCAGGGAAGUCAGCUCCUCUCCACUGUUUCCUCUGUUUCUCUGUCUGUAGAUCUCUCGUCACCGGAGGAACCAGUCUCAGCAUAACAUCGGUGGAGCUGGAGCCUUAGAGACUCCUGUGAGCAUGACAGACCACCAUAAUGAACUGUCAGGAUGUAUGGAAGCAUAUGAGCAGAAAUCAGUUAUUAUACCGUACUAAUUAUUGUUCACUGUAAAUAUGUUUCUGUACUUUUCAUUCAGCAGGCCUAUUUUACUUAAAAUAAGUAUAUUUAUUGGGUUGAUACUGAUAAAAUAGCAUGUGUCUGAUUGGAAUAUGUAUGUCACAUUCAUUGAUAAUAUCUGUUAAAGGAUAAAUGUUACAUCUUGCAUUUCAGGUUGUUUUGAAAGGUGAACAUUUGAAUAAAGCCAAAAUAUCCGAUGGAGGCAAAAAACUGAGGAAGAAUUGGACUUCAACUUGGGUAGUCCUGGACACAGAUAAACUUCUGUUUUAUAAAGAUAGCAAGCAAGAAGCCCUGACGAAUUUGGUAGGUUUUUGCAAGAUACACACCCACACUCAUACAAUGUUCAAUUACAGCCUCAAAUGAACUUUCUGAGGCAUUGCCUAUAAGCAUUAUGAGUACACAUGUUGAGUGAACACAUGCUAUGUUCAUUUUAAUUUGUGUUUUCUUUUAUCUUCCUAUUUCUUAAACUAGCAAAUUAACUUUAGCUUUGAUCCCAUGGACUAGAACCCACCCCAUCUAAAUGCAAUAAAGCAACUGUUUACCCCCUUGUGAGGAGGACUGUAUAUAGUGUGUGUGUGUGUGUGUGUGUGUGUGUGUGUGUGUGUGUGUGUGUGUGUGUGUGUGUGUGUGUGUGUGUGUGUGUGUGUGUGUGUGUGUGUGUGUGUGUGUGUGUGUGUGUGUGUGUGUGUGUGUAUGUGUGUGUGUGUGUGUGUGUGUGUGUGGUGUGUGUGUGUGUGUGUGUGUGUGUGUGUGUGUGUGUGUGUGUUUGUGUGUGUGUGUGUGUGUGUGUGUGUGUGUGUGUGUGUGUGUGUGUGUGUGUGUGUGUGUGUGUGUUUGUGUGUGUGUAUGUACGUGCAUGUGUGCAUGUGUGUCUGUGUCUGUCUAUGUGUGUAGUAUGUGACUUUAAUCCACCCAGAUAUAUAUAUAUAUAUAUAUAUAUAUAUAUAUAUAGAGAGAGAGAGAGAGAGGAGAGAGAGAAGAGAGAGCGAGAGAGAGAGAGAGAGAGAGAGAGAGAGUGAGAGAUGUAGGAGAGAGAGAGAGAGAGAGAAAGAGAAAGUCUAAAAUGAGCUUGCCAUGCUUUUUAAUGAAGCUCCGAGGACUUAAUCAAAGCCCUCUCCCUUACUGAGCCCCACCAGUGCAACGUUCUGUCAUACUCUCCCAUUCAAAUGGUUCAUUAUGGGCAAGAGAGGCAUUUCCACAUAGAUUGACAUAUCUCCCCCUUUUCCGAUGAAAAACUUUUCUAAAUAGUGGGUACGGUGGAGGGCGUUUGUUUUCAUAAUUUCAUAAUUUGGUUUAUCUUUGUUUUAGAGUAGAAUAAACAGCAUAUUAAUCUCUUGUGUUAUCAAUUGGUCGCUGUGGACAGUAUUUAGGUUUUUGCUCUGAACAUACACAAUGUUGUCAUCAUCAUACAAACUCAGGAUAUGAUCUCACCUGCAACAUGUACAUAGUUCUGUAAGGAGAGUUAUUUAUUGAGUAGAAACAAGAACGCUCAAAUCAUCCAACUAAAACAAGUGUAGUUUACUAUGACUGAGGCAGGUACUGGAAGUCAAAUAUCACCUCAUUUGUCCAAUACUGUACCUGUCAGCCAUGAUAGUUCAAUGAGUCUUCAGGGUUCAGUCAAUUCGAAGCUGGUCAUGUGGGAUCUCAGUGAGCAUCUUUCAUUCGCCUAAAAUGGCUUGGUUACUGUUGGUUGUACAAUGUACUGGAAUACUACAUUGUAAUAUUAUUGCAGAAUGUUCUUAUCGUCUUAAUUUUCUACUGCAUCUCGCUAUGAUUUCACCAGGUUUUAGAUUGUUUCAAUUUGCUGAGACCACUGAAGGGAAUUAUAUCUAAAUGAGUUCCCAUGCCUUUUACACCGAUUAGUUGUUGUUUGAAAAGCAACAUAUAUAUAUAUUUUUUCUAAAUCACAUUCUCUCUGCCUGAAAAUUAUACCAUUCCUAUUUUGAUAUGGUUACACACUGCUUCUAUAAUUCCAUAAAGGAUAUGAAUAAGAUAUUAAAGGUUAGAACUAGAUGGUAAUUUCCCAUGAAGAAAAUUCCAUGAAGUGGGACUUGCUUUAACUCUUUACAAGUAUUUUUGUGGUAGUGGAAGACGUUUAAAAUGUUUUACUUAAGCCAAGAAGUUAAAUAUAGUCAAAAUUGUAUUUAGUAAAAUAAUUUGUCUGUUUACUUUGAUAGACUACACUAUCAACCUUAUUACUUUGUAUUGUGGGGCAGUUACAUAACAUAUUUUUAUCACAAAUAACUACAUUCAGACUAGCCUACAACACUUUUAUACACUCUCCUACUAGAAUACCACAGUAUACUGUAUGACAACUGGAAUAAUAGACUGCAGAAGACAAGGAGGCAUUGUUGAAGUUUAAAAUAAAAAUAAAAAACAUUAGUUUUAUUCAAAGCGUUUAUCCAACCAUACAUGAAUGUCUUAAUCAACAGAUAAAGCUGUUAAAAGAAAGUUAUGACUGGAUAGAUAAAUAAAUAGGAUAGAUUAAUAAAUGGAUAGAUUAAUAAAGUAAGGCUACAGGGAUGGAAGACAUAAUGAUGGAGGGAUAAAACAAUGUUAAGUUGGACUGAUUGGUAUGAUAAAGGAAUGAAUGUAUGGUUGAAGGUGUGGAUGGUGUGUGUGAUAUUCUCUGAUAUUCAGAUUUGAAUAGCAGAGAAGUGGACCAAGGUGCCAUACCCUUUAAGUGUUUGUCUACGACGUGUUAUUGAAAAAAGUGGUCAAGGUAGCUGAUUAGUGUCAAAAGUCACAAUGUUCACUCAUUAUCUCAUGCUUAGAAUGUGCUCCCCCUUUGUUAUAAUUUGAAAGUUCUGAAAAGUUCCAUGGCAGUUAAUUCAACAGCGGGAAGUUAGCUAAAUUAGUUGACGUGGUUACUAAAACAGCUGUACCUCGUGAUUGGUAGUAGAUAUUUCUGUUCUUAAUUCAGAUUUGAAUAGCAGAGAAGUAGACCAAGGUGGCAUACCAUCUUAUGUUUUUGUCUACGUUGUUGGGAAAAGUGGUCAAAACAGCAGUUCUUUAUAAAAAGUUACAGAAAAUGUUGAUGUGGUCCCUUAAACAGCUGUAACGUUUGAUCGGUACCAGAUAAUUAUGUUGUUAUUGAAUGAAGAAGGACAAAAAGAAAGAUAAAAAAAUGUAUCGUAAGCACAGUAUUCCAGACCAGUCUGUACAUUUUAAAGUCUGAAUGGCGUUUCUAGCUUCAACGGUGUAAGAGGAGUAGCGUGCAGAUGAAUAAUAAGAAGUAUGAUGAAGAUUUAAAGUUGGAACUUUUGCUUCGCAAGUGCCAUCUAAUACUAGAGAAUGUACAGCACAUGCACAUUCUCAUCUUAAUGGGAAUCAGAAUAUAUGUCUCUGCUCUUGGGCAGAUUGCUUCCGUUUGUUCAUUAAUCGUGAUUCAUAUGAAAUAUCUGGCCAAGAUAGUGAUAGCUAUACCCUGUUUGAAAACAUGCCUUUUGAUAUUUCUCCAUAAUGAUGGUGCUUUUAUCCCAUUCAUAACAGAGCAGUGAAACUACUUACUACUAACCGCCUCUCCCCUCUGCCUCUGAUCCCUCUGUAGAAGCCUGGAUGCAGUCCUGAUGGGAUGGAUCUCUGUGGGGCUGUGGCUGAAUGGACAACAGAGAAGUCCAGCCGGAAGAACGUGCUUCAGGUGCGGCCAUUUAGUUUAUAUGUGAAGAGGAUCAAAGUAGUUUACUAUAAGACUGAGCAGCUUGCAGAUUGUCUGUUUUGGUUGUUGAGGAUGGGAUGUUCUUGGGUGCACUCAUUCCCUUAUGAUUUAUACAGAUAAUAUACUAA